AUGGAAUUAGCUGUGUCUCAUGAAGAUUCUCAAAUCCUUUUAAAAGAUAAAAAUGUAUUGCAAGAAUCUGUUAUAGAUAAAUAUAGAACUGCUGGUCAAAUAUCACAAACAGCUUUAAGAUACUUAAUCAAUUUGAUUAACAACAUAUAUCAUUACAAGUCUAUCCAACGUCAAUUGACUAUAUCUGAAUUAUGUUUGUUAACAGAUUCCUUUAUUUUGACCCGUCUAGAGCAGUAUUACAAAAAUAAAGUUAAUGAAAGAGGUAUUGCUAUUCCAACUACCAUUUCCGUAGAUCAAGUUGCUUCAGGUUGGUGCCCAGAGAUUGAUGAUGACGAAAACAUUAAAAAGUCUAAUAAAGAACAAUUUUCUAAUGAAACUUCUCCAUUUAACUCUACUGUUACUGGGGUCUUGAAACCUGGUGACUUAGUUAAAAUUACACUUGGUGUUCAUAUAGAUGGUUACACAUCUGAAAUAUCUCAUACAAUGGUAAUUUAUCCAGUUGAUGCAUCUGAUAUGAAUAAUGUAAAACCUACUGGUCCAUUAUUAGGUGGAAAAGCUGAUGCUAUUGCUGCUGCACAUAUUGCAAUGGAAACAGUAACUGCUUUACUGGCUUGUGCAUUGACUUCAGAAAAAUUACCUCCUUCAUUAGGUAGUAAUGUCACUGGUUCUACAAUUAGAAAUGUUGUUGAUACAAUUGCAUCUUCUUAUAAUUGUGGUAUUGUUCCAGGUUCUAGAGUUCGUAGAAUCAGAAGAUUUUUAGCUGGUCAAAAUGAAGGUAUUAUAGCAGAAAGAGAAUACAAGGGUGUUAUUUGGACAGAAUCUCAUGAGGAAGCCAAAUUAUUGGCUAAUACAGAGGUCAAGGAUAUAUCAGUUAUUACUAGUAACACGCCACGUGUUGCUUCUGCAGUUCCUACUGAUAAUUUUACUGUUGUGAAAGGCGAAGUUUAUUUGAUUGAUUUGAAAUUUGCACCCUUAGAAAACCUUUCUAAGAGAGGGUUGAUUACUUUGAAUACAGUUGAUUCUUUCACUGGUAAGUCUCAUGAUAUUAAUCAAUUAGUAGCUAGAUCUGGAUCUUAUAUCAGAGAUUAUUCCCAAAGUUAUCAGCUGAAAUUAAAGACAUCUAGACAAUUGUUGACUAAGAUUGAUAGGCAAGGUGUUUAUCCAUUUAAGUUGUCUCAUUUGUCCGACAAUUUCCCAAUUGAUUUAAAUUCUGGUAAUGUGGACGAAGAGCUUGACUUAAUUAAGAAAGAUUUGAGAUCGCUUAGACUGGGUAUGAGCGAAAUUUCUAACAAUUACUUAUGUGUGGAGACUCCGAUACAGAUAGCUAAGUGGGUUCCGUGGGACCAUAUCUUAAAAUCUAAUAAUCCAAAUGGUGUUCUAAGUUAUGAUGCUACAGCGGCUUUGACCUUGCCUGGUCAUGAAGUUCCAUUACCAAAGUUAGGUAUCUCUUCAUUGAAGUUGAAACAAUUAAUUAAAUCAAGUAAAGAAACAUUGGAGUUACCUGUUGUACGUGAAUGUAAUGCUGUAGUUUUGUGUGAUUCGGAUAUCAGUAGUACUGGCAAACCAGAAUUGUUAAGAUUGACUGGUGGUAGUAAGACAUGUUCUCCAAGUUGGAUACAUUCCAAAUAUGAAUUAAACAGUACUGAUCCAACAAUCCAAGGUAUAUUUGAUUUAAUGUCCUUGACGAAAGACAAGAGAUUUGGUAUUUCUAUUAGGGAAACCCAGCCAAUGAAAGAAAUAAGUAAUAAGAAUAAGAAUAAGAAUACUGCUAAUUCUGAUGAAAUGGAGAUGUAA